UUUUAUUUGGGCAACACCCCGGAAAGACACGAUCGGUUGUGAGUGACAUAUUAAAAUGAGGUCCUACUGUACGUAUUACUGUACAUACUGUAUCGUGACUAUUUGCCCAGCAUCUGUGUAUAGUACACUUAAUAAACUAAUGUCAUAAUUGAAACAAUAAUAAUGUUAUUUUGUUAUAGAGUGUUAUAACAUGGUUAUUACCAACGUCUCUCUCAUAUCUGAGAGGGACAUAGUAGCUACGUCAUUUACGUCAUUUAUUUGACGUCUGUUGGCUUGGCUCCAGCAUCUUUGUGUCACGCGCUGUACCUGUCAACUCAACUGAAGCAUCAUUAUAAUCGGCUACUUCAUGAGAAAGUUUCACUAGUAGCUAGCUAGCUAUGUUUCAUAAAAACUCAACAACGGUCACCUCUUUUAUACUGCUAGAUAACAUUUCAAAAGUGCUGAUAAAAUACAUGGCCUAAUAGAGUUCAUUCUUUCUGUCUGAUUUUACUGGACAAAAUGAAUUGGGUCGGUGGUUCAAGGAACCGGUUUAUGAUGAGAAAUGACAUGAAAAAGCAGAGGGAAUUCUUUGAAAAGAAAAAAAUGCAGAGAAAGAUGAAAACCUUAGGAAUACCAACCUCUCCUAAAGGAGCCAGUUCUGGAAGUAUGGACCUAGUGACUUUAUUCAUAGUAAACCAGAUUGCUGCAAAGAAAGAAAACAAUGAUCAGCCAAAGAUAACUCACAUCACUGAUGAUAAAGGAGGACCCAAGUCGAUGAGGGAGGGGCCCCUGGAGUUACCCAUGAGCCCUUGCUCCCCAUCACGGCUUUCCCUUGUGGAGAGCCAGCCUUUGUACAGUGUCCAGACUGCUAGAAAGAGAAAGCACUGCAUUCCUAAUGGAUUCAAGUGUAGACAGCUCUCACCAGUGCUGGAGUCGAACAUGUCAGACACCAGUACGUCAGACUACCAGCAACGCAUCCAGGAAACCCUGAGCCCCUUCUGCUCGGCAUCGUCGUCAGUCUCCUCCUCAGGGGCAGGCCUGUUCUCCCUCCAGCACAUAGCACAGGUCCAGCCACAGCUACACUGCUCCCCUAGAACCCCAUGGGAUACCUCCACCUCAGAGCAACUACAGUUUAGACCUUUCUCUCAGCCAGGAGGGAGGAGAGAGUGUUCCCCGUGGGCCACAGGACCAAGUGGACCCAAACAGCAGCUGAACAUGACCCCCACUGUGUCCAGAGUACUGUUUGGAGGCACAGAGCCUGACACAGACACCAGAGACCAUGUCAUGCACGCAGUGGGGUUCUCUAUCAACCAAUCGGAGGGAAAAGACCACACCUUGGAGUUCUCUCUCAAAGAUCAGACAAUGAAGUUCUCUCUCAACCAAAUGGAGAGUGAAGAGCAACACGAGAAAGCACUCUUCAGGGCCUGCAGUAAUGAGGAAUAUGGAAGUGAAGCUAAUUUUAAGAAGGGGAUGUCUAAGAUAUAUCUCAAGGAGGAAGUACCAACGUCUUCCAGAGAUGUGAAUGAAUCACAGAGCCAAGACCCUGAACCUGAUUUUCUGACUCAGGUUUCUAACUGCACUGAUGUCAGCUCAUCUUGUCCUGGAAACACUCAUCAUGGUCCUAAGGAAUUCUGCGAAUCAUCGCCCAGUUACUCUCCAAGAGGAGGUUACUUUAGUUCAGACUCUGAUGAUGACGAGGUGGAGGAUUUUCACCAGUGUCACCAGGGUGGAUCCUCACAGUCACACACAGUGAGGUCCUGUAGUGAAGAGUUCCCUAUCCUCAGCCAAGGCUCAUCACAUUGGAACACACAACAACUGGGUCACCCUCAGUCUCAACCCAGACCUUACACCCCACCCACUAGGCCUCAAUGCACAGGGAACUGUGGAAACGACCAGAGAGCUUUGGAGAGCUCCGGCUACACUGAGAGACGGUCAGGCUGUGCAGUUACAGAUGACAGUAACGGCCAGGUUAGGGUUAUAAGUGAUCAGUAUGUCCCAUCUUGUCCUCUGUCUGAAUCACAGUGCUCUGAGAUUCACCAACAAAAGAUGGAAGCCACCGGAACACGAGAAACACAAACACGAGAAAUGGGAACACAGACUGUCACCACCAUCACCUCGAAAUGUCCAACAUCGGACGUUUCAACUCAGUGCAGUUUUGGACUGGAGUGUAAAGAGAACAACCUCAUGGACUCUGAAUCCCACAAGUCUGCUUACAAUGUAAUACUGACCCCAACUACCAGAGGGCAGGCAAGUCACAGAGAUGAGUCUAUGAGACAACAGACACACAGAGCAUUAUCAGACAGAUCCAGGAAGGAGGGAGAAGAGCAAACGCCAUGGAGAAAAUCAACAGCCAGAGAGCUCAAGGCUGGAACUGGGCACCAUCCAUCAAUCAUCCCUUCUAACAAGUGUCUUAACACUAACACUGAGAGUAGAGUGUUUAUUCAGAGACCCACUACCUCUAUACUAGACGUUCUCACCACCAAUGAUGUAAAAGACUUGAGAGAUGAGCAGCUGCAGCAUAGAGGACAGGAAGAUGAAAGAGAGGUCCUGAAACCUGUUGAGAAUGUUCCUCUUAGAGAAGACCUUCCAGAUGACAAAGAGGAGAAACGGAGAGGGAGUGCAGAGGAGAGGGAGGAGGUCACUGCUGAGAGCGGAGUUAACAGGCUUUCAGAGGAGGUUGAGACACUUCAGGAAAUAGCAGACAUUCUGCUCAUGCUGAAGCAGAGGAAAAAAGAUUAGAGGUGGGAAGGACAGGAGAGUAUCCCUUUAAGAGUUGUGAACAAUACUAUCAACUACAUCCCAUUACCACAGAAUCUGUUUCUGCAUAUUUAAAGGUUUAUAACAAUGCCCUUGGGAUUCUACAUUAAAACGAAAGCCAGACAUUUCAAGAUAAUUAGUUUAUUUUUUCCCAAUACAUAUUUAAGUGUUCUAGAUUCUCAUGAAUAUAUUUACUUUGAUAGAAUAUAAAUUCUAGCAAAACAUUUACAGCAACAAUAAUCAAAUGUAUACUAUACAGCACUGGAUGCAUUUAAAAAAAAUCUUCACUAGUUCUUCAUAAUCUAGAAUAGAAACAAUGCAUUUAAUUUGUUUUCACAUAGAAACAAUUGCACCCGUUCACCAUAAACACAUUGGAUGUCCUCAUUUAGGAGUUAAAGCAAAGAAGGCAAUAUAAUAAUAACACAAUGGGUUGUCAAGGGGUUGUUGAGCAUUUUUCAUAAAAUCACAAAACAUCAAAUAACUUGUUUGACACUAUCUCAAGUUUGUUACAUGAUGGCAAUGUUGUCACCUUUGUGAAGGGGGUGUGCAAUAAAGUGUUUUCUCUCUAUAAAACAAACUGUGAUAAUAAUUAAAAAGACAUAUCUUCCAGUGAACCUCCAGUUUAGACUACCUCUAGUAUCCUCUCUUUUCUAAUCACAUUUCUAAUCAAAUACUCAAAUAUUGAUAAUAAAUACUCAAUAAUCCAGUAUUGACACUGAUGUUCCAAUGAACUGUGAUCCUUUGAAAUGCUGUCAUUUCAUUUCAGUCUAGAGAAAAUCCUAUUUGAAUUCCCAAUAGUAGCUAUCUAUCUUGUUUUGACACAGACAUAUUCUCAGCGACAUUAUGUUGACCACUUUCAACCAGUCUGCUACACUCAAAUCUAUGUGUACUCAAGUACUCAACUAAAAAGGUGUCACCUUACAUAGUUUUACAAUAUAUUAAACAACAUUAGCAAGUACAAUACAGUACUCCUCGACCCUUUAGAACACGAGAACCCCAGCUCUUUCACGUGAAGAGUAUGCAUUGCAAUUUGUACAUAAGGCUGUGGAGGAAGACAACGUAAAAUGGAGACAAAAUAAGACAUUCUUUCUGACAUUGUUUUCCCAAAGAACAACUGUGUGUGACAUUAACUGACUAAACUGUCCAUUUCAAUGCAUGGCUAUUCCCUCAGUGACUGAGGUACAACAAUGAAUAGUCUAGUCUACAUCGAUUAAUAAAAACAUUUGCAACUUC